UGAUGGCUGAGGAGCUCAGUGACCUGCUGAGGGAAUUCGACGAGGUGAUGGAGGACUUUGACCGAGGUUCUGUGUGUCAGUACCAGCAACACCUGGAAGAGCUGAAGAGAAAAGCAGGACAUAGCGUAUAUGACAGCGGCAUCGAUGAGCUGGAGAGUGCCAGCACAUCUGUGGGAAGCAGCCUCAGCUCCAGUGAGGAACACCUCAACACUCCAGCUGACACUUACCCCUCCAAAGCUAAGCUUGGUGACACACAUGAGCUGGAGGAGUUCAUUGCGGACCUGGAUAAAGCCUUGGAGG